ACAAUAAAUAGUUGAGGCGGAUGGUUGUAAUUACACAAACAACAUAGGUUUUUUAUCAAAUUGAUCUUACCUAAAGGGUGUAACCGUAAUUUGCCAAAAAGAAAAAGAAGAAAAAAUACCCAAUCGAUAUCAAUCUGCUUGCCCAGCACAAAUUCAUCGUCUUCAACAACUUCACAUAUAAAUCGAAAUCGAAAUCGAAAUCCAGUCCUCGAUUUCUGAGAUUCAUAUACAGAUAUGUUCAAACAGAUCCUACUAACUCUCCUGUUAGUUUUCCUCGCCGGUGCCGUACACGGCCGGAGCUCCCACGUCAUCAACUUCCGGUGGCCGAAUCUCUACCCGGAGUCCUUCGCCUGGGACCCGAAAUCCGACCACUUCGUAGUCGGCUCCCUCCGCCACCGCCAGCUCAUCUCCGUCUCCGACGCCGGCGUCGCCGCCUCCCUCCUCUCCGACGAUUCGCUCCCCGCCAACUCCUCCUUCCUCGGCAUCUCGCUCGAUCCCCGUCACCACCGCAUCCUCGCCGUCGUCCACCGCUCCUCCCCUCCCUUCUCCGCCCUCGCCUCCUACGACCGCGCCACCCUCCGCCGCCUCUUCCUCACCCCGCUCGACGACCUCCUCCCCUCCCCAACCCUCGCCAACGACGUGGCGGCCGAUUACAAAGGCAACGCCUACGUCACCGACUCGGCCAAUGACGUCAUCUACAAAGUCAACGAGCAAGGCGAGGCCGCGAUCCUAUCCAGAUCUCAGUCCUUCAAACCCCAAGCAGUCGACACCACCGCACACUACCACAACUGCGGACUAAACGGCGUCGUUUACAACUCCAAAGGCUACCUACUGGUAACUCAGUCGAACACGGGGAAGCUCUUCAAAGUCGACGCCGACGACGGAGGCGCGAGGCAGGUACUUCUGAACAAGGAACUAACAGCGGCCGACGGAAUCGCCCUCAGGCGCGACGGCGUCGUAACGGUGGUGUCGCAGCAGAAGCUGUAUUUCAUCAAAAGCGACGACAGCUGGGGCGGGGGAACUGUGUUUGACGAAACUACCCUCGACGAGGAGAGGCAGGCCAGCGCAGUGGCCGUCGGAGCAGAGAACAGGGUAUAUGUGUUAUACGGGCACGUGAACGAGGGCGUUUCGGGGAAUGGAGAAAGAGAUGGAUUCGGCAUUGUCGAAGUGGAAUCGGAGCAUGAGAACAAAGAAGAGAAAGUGUGGGUGUUUGUGUUGAUUGGUUUGGGCAUGGCUUAUUUCAUGUUCUGGAGAUUCCAAAUGCGCAAACUUGCCCACAAUAUGAACAAGAAAACUUCUUGAUUUUCGUUUUUCGUUUUUUUUUUUUUAGAUUUUUUGUUUAUUUUUCAUCUAUCAAUUAGUGAAUUUCGUCGUGCAAUUUUCUC